AUGAGGGAUGUAUAUUUUGCUGGAUUAUCUACACCUUUACGCUCAGAGAGUUUGAGUUCUUCAUUUGACAAAUAUGUGCAUGGAGAAACUUCUUUGAGGGAAUUUAUAGAGCAGUAUAGAGUAAUUCUUGAGGACAGACAUGAAGAGGAAGCCAAAGCUGAUUUUAAUGCAUGGCAUGAGACUCCAGAGCUGAAGUCUCCUUCACCUUUUGAAAAACAAAUAUCACUCGUAUACACACAUGAAGUCUUCCAGAAAUUCCAAGAUGAGGUUUUAGGGGCUGCUGCUUGUCAUCUUAAAAAGGAAAACGAACCUGCAACAUAUAGUGUUAAGGACUUUGAAGAUAAUAAAAAUUAUAUGGUUGAAUGGAAUGAAUCUAAAUCAGAUAUAUAUUGCUCAUGCCGAUCUUUUGAAUACAAGGGCUACCUCUGUAGACAUGCCAUUGUUGUGCUCCAGAUGUCUGGUGUGUUCAACAUCCCAUCAAAAUAUAUCUUGCAACGGUGGACAAAUGCUGCCUUGAGCAGACGUCCAAUAAGUCAGAAAUUGGAUGAGGUCAAAUCUAAGGUGCGCCGGUACAAUGAUUUGUGUAGACGUGCCAUAAUAUUAAGUGAAGAAGGUUCCCUUUCUCAAGAGAGCUAUAAUCUUGCUCAAUCUGCGUUAAAAGAAGCUCGGAAGCAAUGUGUAAGUGUCAAUAAUUCAGUUGGGAAUGAGGACCAACCUAACACCUUAGUGAUUCAUGCUGAUUCUGGUGUUGGAAGAGUCAGCCAAUGUGUUAAUGCUAUCUAG